AUGUGGUCAGGGUCCUGUUUGCACCAGGGUCCUGACCCUGUAGGCCGCGAGUAUAGGAGCAAGGCGGGCCGGCCUGGGCUGGCUCGAUCUGGGCCCGGGGCCCCUUCCCACUCGCUUCUCUCGGGCCGGCGUCGAGCGAGGGCGCCCGAGGCGCCCCCUCGGCCCCAGCUCCGGCAGACCCGGCCCGACCCCCUCGCGCGCGGCCGCGCUCCCACUGCCUCGCUCUGGGUCACGCUGACGCAGCCAGGUGCGGGCGGGCUGGCCGCCCAGGUGAGGCUGCGCCGGGGGGGCCGCCGACGGUGCCGACCCCGCCCCACCCCGCCGCGGCCUCCCCUUCCGCGCGCCCCGCCCGGCCGGAGCCCGGGGAGGGGGCCCUACCUGGCCAGGUGCGCGGGGUCUCGGGACAAGGGCAGCAGGAGCCGACCGCCGCCCAGCGGCCUCGCGGUCCGGUCGGUCCGGCAGCCACUCCCUACCGCGGCCCGCCCGCCGCGCGGCCUGAUUCACGCGCCCGCCCCCGCCCCGCCCGCCGCCCCUGCCGCCUGCCUGCCCGGGCAGCACCUGGGGGCGGGGCGGCCCCACCCGCGGCGCGCCCGCAUUCCUCCGCCGCCCGCCCGUCGCCGCCGCUCCCGGGACCCCCGCCCGCGCCCCGGUGCCCCCGGACCCCCGCCGAGCCCCCCCCGGCGGCGCGGACCGGGACCCCGGCCUGGGAUCCCGGGAGACCGCUGGGCCCGGACUGCCGGGGCCCCGCGUCCCCAGGCUCCCCCAUCGGUUCGCCGAAGGCUCGAGGGCCCUAAGCCUGACCCUUGA